CCGCUGCUCUUCCUCCCAACCCCAAAAGGAUUUGGGCAGCUGACGACCCGCGGAGGUGAUGGGAGGUUGGGAUGGGAAGGUGUUGCAGUUCUGGGGUUAAUUAGUGUUGGCAGGAGUAAUUAGCCCAGGGCUUUGGGAACACCCCCUAGCACACGGGCACAUGCUGAGAGCUCAGGGCAAAGCAAAACACCUGCAGUAAGCAGGCAGUGGGUGCAGAAAGGGAAUGGGGGAAUUCCUCUGCAUCCCCUCCAGCACUGCACCUUUGGGCUUGACCUGCAUCCCACCAAGGAGUGAGGGGUGAUGCAGGAAGAACCCCAUCCAGAUGUUGGAAUGGGUAUGAGCCCAAAUCCUGUAUCCUGGGUGGAUUUGGGGCUCCCCCAGUGUUCAGCUGAUGCUGUUUGCUCCUCUUCUACCAGCCUACACAGGAGCCCACCAAGCGUGGUGACGGAGGACCAGCAGUAACUUAGGGCAUCUGUGGGUUGGCUGAGCUCUUACCUUGGGUUUUAUUCCCUCCCCUUUUCCAGGUCUGGAUCCCCUACACCCACAAGUAACCCACAGCUAUGGGGGUUAAGACAAUGCUGCCCAGCCACGAGCUGGGCUUCUAUGCUCUCGUUGUGACCUGUGCUGUGCUGUACAGUGGCAGCGGUAUCUUUGAGGCAUCCAGAGACAGCAUGAACAGAAAAGCCUUUCGGGAUGGCAUCAAGCCAGGCUGGCACUACUUUGGCAGGAAAAUGGAUGUGGCUGACUUCGAGUGGGUGAUGUGGUUCACCUCCUUCAGGAACGUCAUCAUCUUCACCCUCUCAGGACACGUCCUCUUUGCCAAGGUGUGCUCCAUGACGGUGCCACAGCACCGGGCCGUGAUAUACAUGCUGUAUGGGAUGCUGGCUGUGCUGGGCAGCAUGGGGCUCACCUACCUGAUGAUCAUCCUUUCCCACUGCCUCAUUCUCUACUCCGUGGCACUAGCCAAGCAGAAGUGGCUCUGCUAUGUGGCUGGGCUCUGCUGCCUCGCCUCCAUCAAGCUGGAGCCCUUCAGCUCCUGGCAGAGCGGGUUUGUAACAGGAGCUUUUGAUCUUCAAGAUGUCCUUUUCUAUGGAGGAAGUGGCUUCACCAUCAUGCGCUGCAUGAGCUUCGCACUUGAGAGCUCCGAGAGGAAGGAGGGGAUCUUCUCCAUCUUUGACCUCCUCAAGUACAACUUCUACCUUCCUUUCUUCUUCUUCGGGCCUGUCAUGACGUUUGACCAGUUUCACACCCAGGUGAGCACCCGAGAUCUGCGCCGCAAGGAUGAUGAGAUGAGGAAUAUUCGGGUCCAUGCCCUCCUCCAUGUGGGGGCCAUCAUCGCUGUGGACAUCUUCUUCCACUUCUUCUACAUCCUCACCCUCCCCUCUGACCUGAAGUUCGUGAACCGCCUCUCGGACUGGGCCUUGGCUGGCUUGGCCUACUCCAAUUUGGUAUACGACUGGGUCAAAGCUGCUGUCAUGUUUGGGGUCAUCAACACCAUUGCUAGACUGGACCACUUGGACCCACCCCAGCCCCCAAAAUGCAUCACCAUGCUCUACGUCUUUGCAGAAACGCAUUUUGACAGAGGGAUCAACGACUGGCUGUGCAAGUACGUGUACGACCACAUCGGAGAGAACCACGACAACGUCAUAAAGGAGCUCAUGGCCACCAUUGCCACCUUUGCUGUCACCACUCUGUGGUUGGGACCCUGUGAGAUUGUUUACAUCUGGUCUGUCUUCAAUUGCUUUGGCCUCAACUUUGAGCUCUGGGUGCAGAAAUUCUUCCAGUGGGAGCCCCUCUCCAAACUGGAGGCCAAAAUGUCAGCAGCCACAUCUCGGCGGAUUAGGGCUGUUUUUGGGGCAGCAAAUUUCUGGGCCAUCGUCCUCUACAACAUCUUAGCCCUCAACAGUCUGGAGUUUGCACUGCUGGUCACCAAGAGACUCCUCGUGACAGGUUUCCCUGUCAGCACCUUGUCCAUCUGGUUCAUCACAUACUGUGGAGUGCAGCUGAUCAAAGAGCGUGAACGCAUCCUGGCCAUGGAAGAGGAGAAGAGUGACAAACCCAAGGCAGAGUAGAUGAAGAUAUCAGUGGGCUUGCCCCAGAGCCUGGACUCCUUUUUGACUGCCUCUGCCAGGCCAGCUGCUGUCAGGGGCUCUCCAAGCACUCCUGGCAAUCAGACUGCUGUAGCUCACCUACAGAGAAGCCAUCUGGAAGGCACGUGCCACCCCUUUGCUGCAGGGAUCUCCUGUGGCACUGUGGGCAUUUUGCACACUCCCCACAUGUGGCGGACCACUGAGAUAGGCUUCUGAGACACAUCUUUAAGGCUCCAUCCUUUUUCUGACCCUUUGGCACCGUGCAGACCUAGAGAUUUCGCCCUCUGCUCCCCAUAACACCCAAUCCACUAGCAUCUGGCUCUCCCACAGGACCUGCAGCCCAGGUCUCCUAUCUCCAGGUUGCUUCCAGCCAAAGCAUCACAUUUUUCUUUUGCUACAAGAAAUGGUCAUCAUAUACCGUAAAUGGUUCAACAUCUGGGGCUGUGCAUUAAGGACUGUGAAAUGGCUCAGCACAAUGGACGCCUACCAAGAGGCUAAUAAAUAAAUAGAACAGUCUUUUAUAGCAAAGGGAAAGAGGUUCAGGAACUGCAGAAGAGAAGAGUAAUUGUCUUCCCAUUGCUGUCAGCAGUGCAGAGUGAUGUCUGUUAGUAUCUCAAAACAGAUCCCUUCAGUCCUAAACAACUUGAGAAAUGAUUUAGUGCCAGCCUCAGGUGUAGUCAGUGGCAAUGCAGGGGGCAUGUUUCCUUCUCAGCCAGAGCACAUCACGUACUGCUUGUCUGCAGGGUGGGCAUGUGGAAGGAACAGCAUGCACAGCUCACAAAGCUCAGCCCAGACCCAGCUCAGCCCCAAAGGGCCCUUUGCAGUGGGUUGUGCAAUUGGUGUGGCCAACACAACCACCUCACUGUGACACAUGCCCCGGGACUCAA